AUGGAAGUAGUAAUGAUUGGAGAACGUCGAAAUUACUUGGCUAACGUGAUCUCUGCACUGGUAGUUGAGAAACUGGUUCGCAAGGGAUGUGAGGCAUAUUUGGCCUACGUAAGUGUUUCCGCUUUUGGGGACUCUACUGUUAAGGACAUCAGAACUGUGAGGGAUUUUUCCGACGUCUUUCCUGAGGAGCUAUUGGGUUUACCUCCGAAUCGAAAAGUGGAGUUUGGGAUUGAGCUUCUCCCUGGUACAGUUCUGAUGUCCAUCGUUCCCUAUCGAAUGGCACCGAAAGAGCUUACGGAGCUUAAGGCUCAAAUUCAGGAGUUAUUGGAUCGUGGGUUCAUCCGUCCUAGUUAUUACCGACGGUUUGUGGAAGGAUUUUCUCUGAUCGCAGGACUCUUGACUAAGUUGUUAAGUAAAGGUGUACUGUUUGACUGGACUAAUGCGCAACAAGAGAGUUUUGAGAAGCUUAAGACUAUACUAACUGAGGCUUCUGUUUUGGUACAGCCUGGACCUGGAAAGGAGUUCACGAAGAAGCUUCAUGAGGCUCUGGGUUCAAGAUUAGACUUCAGUACUGCUGUCCAUCCUCAGACAAAUGGUCAGUCAGAGAUGAUAGAGGAUAAGGUUAGAUUGAUUCGGGAUCGUUUGAAAGCGGCUUCUGAUAGGCAAAAAUCGUAUUUAGAUUUGAAGAGGCAUGAGAUUGAGUAUUUUGUAUGGGACUUAGUUUUUCUCAAGGUCUCGCCAUGGAAAAAGGUUCUAAGGUUCGGUCGCAAGUGCAAGCUGAGCCCUCAGUUUAUUAGACCUUACCACAUUCUGAAACAUGUGGGACCUGUCGCUUAUCAGUUGGAGUUACCUCCAGAGUCAGACCAUAUUCAUGAUGUUUUUUAUGUAUCGAUAGUGAGGCGCUACUAUUUUGAUCCCUCACAUGUUGUUUCUAUUGAGGAGAUUGAGGUUAGGCCAGACUUGAACUUCGAGGAGGAGCCGGUUCAGAUUCUGGAGCGUGAUGUAAAGGUCCUUCAGAAAAAGUCUAUUCCCUUAGUGAAGGUUCUGUGA